GUAUGGUGGUAGACAUGUGUGUGUGUUUAUUUGAAUUGAAAAAUUUUUCAAUGUUUGUCGAAUGAUUCUUUUUUGUUUAUGAAAAUCCUAUUCGGAUUUGUUUUGUGUUCAACCAGAAAUUUUUCCCAUUGAUUAUUCUACAUUCAUCAUGUUAAAAUGAUGGAUUCGCCACCAUUAUUAUCAUCAUCGAAAAUGAAAUUAAUCAUUGAUGAAACAAUGAUGAAAACAUUAAAUAGAACUCGUGGUCGUUGUCGUAGGCCAUUAAUAGAUUCUCAUUAUCAUCAUCAUCAUAGACAUCGAAAGCAACAGGUGAUACAAGAAGAAUCACCAAAAUUCAAUAGCUCAUCAAGUCAUCGAUCAUCACCAUCGCUUUCAUCAUCAUCAUUGAAUUCAAUGUUAAUUUUUUUAUUUUUGUUUUUAUUGUUUUUAUCAAAUUCAUUAUUGUUAUCAUCAGUUGUUUGUACGUUGAAUUUUGAUCAACAUUCAUCAUCCGUAUCAUCUCAAUCAGAAUCUGGUCAAUUAGAAUUAAUAUUUUCAGUUACUGAAAAUGUACCUGUUGGUUCAUUUAUCGGUGUAAUUAAAUCACCAAACGAAUCGAUUUAUUCGAUUGAACCACCAUUUUUAAUUGUACCAAUACCUGAUGGUGAUUUACAUUCAUCAUCAUCAACAACGAAUGAUAAUUUAUCAACAAAUUCACAACAACAACAACAAUCAUCUGGUUCGGUUGAUACUGAUCUAAAUAUUGAUCAAUCAACAGGUGAAAUACGUACAGCAAUCGAAUUGGAUCGUGAACAACGGUUAUAUUAUUCAUUUAUUGCCAUUUCAUUGACCGGUAUUAAUGUUCAUGUUCGAAUUAACAUUGAAGAUGUUAAUGAUAAUGCACCAAGAUUUCCUACACAUGAAAUUGAACUGGAAUUUCCGGAAAAUAGUAAACCAAGAGAUGUUAAACGUACAUUACCACCGGCUAUUGAUUUGGAUCGUGCAAUUUUUGGCACACAAAGCUAUCGAAUUGUAUCCGGAAAUGUUGCGAAUGCAUUUCGUUUGAUUAGUCAUCGUGAAAAAGAUGAUAUUCUUUAUCUUGAUCUUCAAGUAAACGGUAUACUAGAUCGUGAAACAAUGGCCAAUUAUAAUUUGGUUAUCGAAGCAUUAGAUGGUGGUCAACCACCAUUAAAAGAUCAAUUAUUGGUUAAAAUCGCUAUUCUUGAUCAUAAUGAUUGUGAACCAAUAUUUAGCCAAAAUCAUUAUUAUGGUUCUGUAUCGGAAAAUAUUACAUUAGGUUCAUCAAUUUUAAAAGUAUCCGCUAUUGAUAAUGAUGAUGGUGAUAAUGGUCGUGUUGUUUAUAUGCUACAUACAAAACAAACAAACAACAAUAAUCCAUCUUCAUCCGCUAGUGGUAGUAGUAGUAAUUCAAUGGAUAGUUCAUCAUAUUUUGCUAUUAAUCGUCAUACUGGUUGGAUUUAUAUUGUAAAACCAUUAGAUUAUGAAUCACAAGAUUUACAUGAAUUAGUUAUAAUUGCACGUGAUCAAGGUGUACAACCUCUGGAAACAUCAGCAUUCGUAUCGAUACGUGUUACCGAUAUAAAUGAUAAUCAACCAACAGUAAAUAUGCUUUAUUUAACAUCAAAUUCAAAACCAGAAAUAUCGGAAAAUGCCCGAAUUGGUGAUCUUGUUGCACGUAUUUCUGUGAAUGAUGCUGAUUUACAUGCAACAUCACAUUCAUCAUCAUUCAUGAAAAAAUCCUCAUCAUCAAAACGUUAUUCAUCAUAUAAUGGUUUAAGUGUUUCAUUAUUUGGUGCACCGAAUGGUGAAUUUGGUUUGAAAACAGCCGAUCAAAUUGUUUAUCUAAUUGUUGUUACAGGAAAAUUAGAUCGUGAACAACGUUCUAAAUAUCAAUUAACAGUGAUUGUUAGUGAUAAAGGUUAUCCACCACAAAAUACAAGUACAACAUUUGAAUUAGAAGUGUUGGAUGUUAAUGAUAAUCCACCUUAUUUUGAUCAACAAAUUUAUCAUCAAACAUUAAUGGAAACAGCCGAUAUUGGAUCAAAUGUUUUUCAAAUGAAAGCAAAUGAUCUUGAUUCUGAUUCAAUUCUUACAUAUGGAUUUUUAAUAUCAAAAAAUAACACCAACAACAACAACGGUUUAAUUACAACACGUUCAUUAAUUGAUUGUGAAAUUGAUCCAGAACCAAUAUUAACAAUUAUUAAUCGCUUUGCUUAA